CUCCCUCCCUCCUCCUUUCCUACCGGGUCCACAAUGGUACAGCCAGCAUCUUGCAGCACAAUGGUUGCAAGGUGUUGGUGAGCAUCAACAAUCCUUGGUUCGCUUUUUUUGUUCAUCAUCACUUUGUUUAUAUUUGUUCAAACAAAAACAAAAAAAGAAGAGGUUUCCACCUGCCCUUUCGGGAUCCUUUAGCCAUGAUCGCCGCAACGUUUCGGGUCGGGAUGUUUUGAACUGGACUGUCACCGGAUUGGGUUCGUCAUCAGCUGGCACGGAAUGGUAUUUAUGAGCAGGCAUUUCUUAUACAACUGCAGCCAACCAAUCCUGGAUGUGAAGAUAGCCUUUUGUCAGGUGUGUGUCCCUUACAGGUAAAAAAGGGUUUUGGAAAACAAGUGGAUGUGUCAUAUAUUGCCAAACAUUACAACAUGAGCAAAAGCAAAGUGGACAACCAGUUCUACAGCGUGGAAGUGGGAGACUCUACCUUCACAGUUUUAAAACGCUACCAGAAUUUAAAGCCCAUUGGUUCUGGAGCUCAGGGGAUUGUCUGUGCGGGCUAUGAUGCUGUCCUAGACAGAAAUGUAGCCAUCAAGAAGCUGAGCAGACCCUUCCAGAACCAGACCCAUGCCAAGAGGGCGUACCGGGAGUUGGUGCUCAUGAAAUGUGUCAAUCACAAAAAUAUUAUCAGUUUAUUAAAUGUUUUCACGCCACAGAAAUCAUUAGAGGAAUUCCAAGAUGUGUACCUAGUGAUGGAGCUGAUGGAUGCCAACCUGUGCCAGGUGAUUCAGAUGGAGCUCGACCACGAGAGAAUGUCAUACCUACUCUACCAGAUGUUGUGUGGCAUCAAACAUCUGCAUUCAGCAGGCAUUAUUCACAGGGACCUGAAACCAAGCAAUAUAGUGGUGAAGUCUGACUGCACUCUGAAGAUCCUGGACUUCGGUCUAGCUAGGACCGCGGGGACUAGCUUCAUGAUGACCCCUUAUGUGGUGACAAGAUACUACAGAGCCCCCGAGGUCAUCCUGGGCAUGGGAUACAAAGAGAACGUGGACAUAUGGUCGGUGGGGUGCAUUAUGGGAGAAAUGGUGCGCCACAAAAUCCUUUUCCCUGGGCGGGACUACAUCGACCAAUGGAACAAGGUGAUUGAGCAGCUGGGCACGCCAUCACCGGAGUUCAUGAAGAAGCUCCAACCCACGGUGAGGAAUUACGUAGAGAACCGGCCAAAGUACGCCGGCCUCACCUUUCCCAAACUCUUCCCGGAUUGCCUUUUCCCUGCAGACUCCGAGCACAACAAACUGAAAGCAAGCCAAGCCCGAGACCUGCUGUCCAAAAUGCUGAUAAUUGACCCCGCUAAACGGAUAUCGGUGGACGAGGCCUUACAGCACCCCUACAUUAACGUGUGGUACGAUCCAGCCGAGGUGGAGGCGGCCAGGGAUCUCAUCCAAAUAUCCAUGCCUCCGCCUCAGAUAUAUGACAAGCAGCUCGAUGAGAGAGAACACUCCAUUGAUGAAUGGAAAGAGCUGAUCUACAAAGAGGUGAUGAAUUUUGAGGAAAGAACGAAGAAUGGCGUAGUGAAGGGACAGCCUUCACCUUCAGGUGCAGCCGUGAACAGCAGCGAGAGCCUCCCUCCGUCCUCGUCCAUCAACGACAUCUCGUCCAUGUCCACCGACCAGACCCUGGCCUCAGACACCGACAGCAGCCUGGAGACCUCGGCGGGACCCCUGGGGUGCUGCAGGUGACUAGCCGCCUGCCUGCGCAACCCCGCCUUCUUCCGCCGUUAAAAGAAGGAAAAACGGGGGAGAGCGUCUCUUUAAAAAAAAGAAAAAAAGUGAAACAAUCAAUAUGAAACGAUGAAGCCUGCGCGUUGUCAUGCUGAAAACAACAUUGGUAUUUAAAGUGAACAGAUAUACUCUGAUGUCCAUGAUCCUCUAGUUGCUUUGCUUAUAUUACGUCUGGCGCCCCGAUGCUGUAGACUGGCUGCUAGGAAACCCACACCAACCCAAUCUCCUACAAAAAAAGAAGCAUUUAACCCAAGGGUGUCCACAUCUGUCCACCGAGGUCCUCAUACUACAAAACAUCAUUUUCAGCCAUGUUGAUAUUGCAAGACGCUGCACACGACACGUUCGCCAAACCUGCUGACAAAAAACGGGACAGGGGAGUCUGAAUUAGAAUGUUUUGCAGAGUUCAAUCAUAAAAAACAUGAUACAAAAACAUAACCCUUGCACUCACAAAACAUUCACGUCAGUGAUGACAGCAGUGACGAUUGGACGCCACAUGAUUUGUCGACAUCAGCACAUAAUUAGCAUCACCGCCUGGCUGCUCGCUUUGCAGCUGGCGGGUGUUGGAAGCAAAACGGAAGGCGUUCAGAGCGCUUCCCGCGCCGAAUAACGCGUGUGAUGGUGGUGGACACCAAAGGUUAUCCAUGCAGCAGAUCAAUAAUAUUGAUUUAUUUCACUAUCAGGUAUUAAAUCAUCAAUUACAAGUUCCAUUUCACCUACGGCCAACGAUUUGUAAAUACACAUAGAAGAGAAGAUCCUUGCAAAGAUCUCUGCAGGUUCGGCGCACGUGUCAUGUACCUGCGAGGUGACGCCGUGUAUUAUUUCAACGUUUCCUCACUACUUUCACGCAAUUCUUCUUUCAUUGUUUUGUGUCGAUUAAUAAAACACCCCUGAUUGAAACGCUCUGUGGCGGGGCGCGCCGCUUUCACGCUCCCCCUCCUUUACCACAUGACGGUGCCCUUGUCAUGUGACUUCUCCCCCAUCACGUCACCUCUCUGCGGUAGUAUAGCCAAAAACAAACCUGUGUGUGUGUGUGAGUGUGUGUUUUUAAACGCAGCUAUUGUAAAUAUGUACAGCCGAAAGACACGCAAAGCGGGACUAACGGCCAGUAUGUUCUCUGGAAGCUUCUUAUUUUUGGAGUCUUUUUUUCGACGACGAGUGCGAGUGCCACUUGCCACGCGCUCGCCAGCCGAUGCAUGAUGAUUGACAUUUGGGGAACGUCGCCACAGUAUAUUUGAAAAGUGUUGUCACGCAAACCAACGCAGCUACACGGCGACAAUUCACAGCUGACUGGGGUGGGGGGGAAAGUGUGCUUUGUGCGCAAUACCGCUUUGAUUUCGGCUUCUCCUCGCGUCAUGUGGCCCUUAAAAGGACGUAAAACAUGUUUUUCAAGUAGCGAUGCCAGCAGAAGGGGAACAGGAAGCGGAAGCCGCCAUCGCAACUGUCGCGUAAUACUCAUUUCAUGUGCUGGAGUCUUAGUCCACCGCUCGCCGUUUUUUAACGAAUACAGUCCUUCAUCAUUUGUUGGGGGGGGUUCGAGGGCUUUAGUGCUGCAGCUAUGAAUCCAGCAGAGGGCGCUGUCUCACAGGACGUGAUGUCCACGCUGCCUUUGAACGGAAACAACGCACACCUCCGCCAAGGCUCACUCAACUGGUGGCCCGUGGGAGCAAAGCACUCCUCAGUAUAUAGAGGAUCUUUGACUGGUGUUUUUGCAGUAUGUCGCUAAAAUAAUAGAACAGCGCUCCUGUCUCAUAGACAAUCUUUGACUAGCAGCCCCUUUAAAAAGUGCUCCUGUCAUUUAGAGGAUCUUUGACUCUUUGAGAUAUGUCUUUAAAACAGCAGAGUGCUCGUGUCCAAUAGAGGAUCUUGGAUUAGCAUUUUUGCCAGUAGAUCCUUAAAACAACAGAGCACUGUCAUGUAGAGGAUCUUUGACUUUUUUGCAGCCCAGCAGAGGACUCCUGUCAUAUAGAGGAUCUUUGACCAGGGUUUUUUUUUUGUUUUUUUUUUGUGUGUUAUUAUUUUUGCAGUGCAUCCUUAAAAACAGCAGAGCACUCCUGUCAUAGAAGAUCUAUGACUUGUGGUACAUUUUUAAAAACAGCAUAGUACUCCUGUCAAACAGAGGAUCUUUGACUAGCGUUUGUUUUUAUGUUUUUUUAUUUUCAGUACUUCCUUAAAAUCAGCAGAGCACUCCUGUCCAAUAGAGGAUCUUUGACUAGUGGUUUUUUUUUGCGUGUGUGUGAGUAUGUAUUUAAAAACAGCAGCACACUCCUGUCACACAGAGGAUCUUUGACUAGUGUUUUGGAUUUUUUGCAGUGCGUCCUUAAAGCAGCAGUGUCCAAUAGGGGAUAUUUAACUCACUUUUCAUUAUUACUUUUUGGGAAUCCAUCCUUAAAAACAGCAGAGUGACAUAGAGGAUCUGAAUGUGAUGUUUUUGCUAACAUCCGGGCCUUGGCGGAGGUCCGGCUGUACUGCAUCUCACCCAAACGGAAUGUUGGCGUAAGACUUCAGCACAGACCGCCUGUUCUGUUGAGCACAUUGUUAAGUUUAUUUAGUGGAUGGCAAUGGCAAGUGCCUUUUGGUAGGAUAUAGAGUUUGAACCUGCACACGUCACAUGACUUAUUUUGCCUUAAAAACCAUCUCCCCCCCCGCCCCCAAAGCAAAUCUUGGGAACAUGUCACAGCUUUCGUUUCUAAAUGUGAUUUUUAAAAGCGUCUUCGCAUGGCUUCACACAAACGUGCAUAUUUUAAACUGCCGAUAUUCGUCGCAAAACUGAAACGUAUAAAUCAAAGUCAAAAUAGUCCCAUAACAGCCCUCCAUCUUCAUGUAGGACACCCACCUGCAGUACCCUGGAGGGCCUAAGGGGGGGGUGUCUCCAGAAUAAGCUACAAUAAACUCGGUGUUGCAUUCAGGGUCUGGUCAGGGCAAUCUUUUCUCGUUCUCUUUAAACAGGGUGCAACUUUGACUUCUGUGUACAUGUUGACCAAUACUGUCCUCGCUGAGGCUCUUUUUUGUGACUGCAAACACACUUGCUGCACUCUGAAGGACGUUUGCAACACUUUUCUUAUUGUAUCCUCACAUCAUCUGGUUAUUAGGGGCAAACACUGGACUAUAUUUGUGUUUUUCUUUGCCUUGAAGGCUCACUUUUCACUUUGUUAUUGUCCUUUCCCCCCCUCCAAAAUGGCGUAAUUAUAAAAUCAACGGAAUACCAUAGCCUCCGUAAGGUGCAUUUAAUUACAUUUACUCACAUUUUAAAUAGACUUUUAUUUCAUAUUUGUUGUAUUUUUUUUUUAUUUUAAAAACAGUCACGAAAUUGUACGAAAUGUUUUAUUUUAAAUAAUUCACUUCCAUAAUUUAUAUUUUAUUUUUGUGGUGGGGGACUUAUUAAGGAAAAUAUAAUCCUCCUUUGUAUAUUCUCAAACGGGCCGUAUUUUCAAAAUGUUAUUUUUAGAACUUGCCACAGUAAAAACAAAACAAGCUUUUCAGUUCAGUGACAUAUUUUUAAUUUAAUACCAUUUUUUUUAAGGUUUAUUCUCUUUUUCUUUUCUCAGAUUUCAUAAUUUGUAUUUCUGUAUUUAUUAAAAAUUAAAAAAAAUUACACUUAACAUUUCCACACUUAAAUACAUUUGAAUAAUUAAUUAAUUUGAAAUCAUGAAUUGAUUUUGGAUAAAACAAACAAACAGAAGUUGUGUUGUAUUAUCUUUUCUAUCAUUUCAUCUGACCCGCCAUGAUGAACAUCUUGGAUAUAAAAAGCCCCCGAAACACAAGUACAUUUCAUUCUAUUUGCUUAUUUCAUCUUUGUAUUUCUUUUAAUUUAUCAUAUUGUAUUUUGAAAAAACAAUAAUAAUAAUAGUUUUUCACAUUAUGUAUUUUAUUGUAUAUAAUUUUGGCAACAAGUUGUGUUAUAUUAAAGCAGGGAUGGGAAACCUGUGGCCCACGGGCCAUAAACAGCCCACCAAAAUAUUUGAGUCGUUAUUAAAAAACAACUAAAAUGUAACAUUUAAUCCAGAACUGAUCAAAGUAGACUAAAUAACAUCGUUGCAUCAUAUAUUUGAUUCAAUGUUCCCACCCCUGCUUUAAAUCAAAGGGUCCUUUUCCGACACAAACAGCUGUCAAGUGAAUGUAAAGUAGGAGCCAAUCGUGUGUCAUUGAUUUGAAAUAAAGCAGCAAGUCAACACAAUGUGUCCUGAAAUGAAAAGAUCUGAACUUGUGCUGAUUUUUCUUUCAAAUCCUCCUUUUUGAAUGUCAACUUGAAGUCGUGUUCAGGGUGUAGACCCACGCUCUUGUAAAUACCAACAAGCCAUCAAUGCAAUAAAGACACAGGGAGGCCCGCCGAUGCAACCAACGACGACAACCCUGUAUAGCUCAUCUGAUAUCAGGCGAUGUUCUUCUCCCAUUUCACCCCUUUUCUGUUUCUUCUUCCUUUACUUUCUGCCGUUUCCGUCAUGAAACAUGUUUCAUGCUGAUUUUAAAAAGCUUCAGGCAAAAAAUCCGAAUCAAUUGCAAAUGAUUAAAAGAUAAAAUAGAAAAAAAAAACAUGAGAGCUGUUACUCCAAACACAUUUUAAAGGAACUGUGUAUGUAAAAAAUAAAAAUAGUACAUGUAUGUGAUUGAAAAUAAACAAAAUCUUUGAUCUUGGA